AUGUCCAGAAACCAGAAGUCGACACGACGUCAACGUGAGGUUCGCCUGCGCCCCCUCAACGUUGACGGUGUCGAUGCUGCGCGUCAAGAAAAGGAGCCUGCCGAGAUCAACCCUCGCUGUGAGGUCCAGGUCAUAGUUCAAAUCCGAACUUCCAGGUCGGCCCAGGGGUAUUCAACUUCAGCAUCAUCACAACAGUUCGGAGAAGUUUGCUCAGUUACCACUGCACAACCAGAAAAUCUUGAUGUAACUACAGUAGAACCCAUUGAGGAGCAUUAUUCAGAAGCAAGUUACUUAAGAACAGAUUCUGGAUUAUUGCAUAAGGUACAUGUAACCAGAGAAACCCGCUUAAGUCCAAAAGCUAAGAAGCUAUAUAAGAUAGCCAGUCAGCUCUCUAGAGCUAACAGAAGACUAAGUUGUAGAAGAAGGUUGAUUAGAAGUACCAGAACUCUGUAG